AUGGAGAAAAGUGUUAAUAAACGAAUGAGGUUCCUAAUGGAUAAAGCUGGGAUUGACAUUGAUGGGUAUAUAGAAAGCUCAGAAACUGAGACUGAUGAUUCGAGUGCAGGAUAUUGGUCAAAAAAACGUCAAGUUCGAUAUUUGCAGAAAAAUCUUGAUGAUCAAGAAGAUAGUGAAAGUGAAGAAAGUGAAAUUCAGUUACCAAAGAGAAAACAAAUUACCAGAAAAAAGUCUACCAGAAGAAGAGAAACAGAAGAAGAAGACAGUGAAAAUGAGUCUGAGAUAGAGAUAGAGAAACAAUCAAAAGCCAAACCAAAAGUGCAAAACAAGUAUAACAAGAAUGGCAGUCAGAAAAUUGAAAAAGAAGAUGCAAACAAGAAGCAAGAAGAACCUAAUAAUGAUAAAAGGAAAGGCAAAAACAUUGUAAAUGGCAAAAAUCAAACCCAGGGAGACAGAAAGAAAAAAAAGAAAAAGAGCAGUUCAUCUUCAUCGUCAUCUUCGUCAUCAAGUUCAGAUGAAGACAGUCUUUCCGAGGGGGAACAAGCAAGGCUAUUAGAGCAAAUAGAAGAAAAGAAAAAACUUAUUGCCACAGUCAGAACCAAGCCAUGGCGCAUGUCAAAGAAGCUGCGCUUGCUCACGGAAGCACAAGAGUUUGUUGAGGAAUAUGAAGGAACUCUGGGAAGAGGAAAAGGUCGAAAACUAUAUGCUUAUAAAAUAAUGAUUGCCAAGAAAUGGAUGAAGUUUAAAAGAGAUUUUGAAAAUUUUAAAACAUCAUUAAUACCAUGGGAGAUGAAAAUAAAAGAAAUUGAAAGUCAUUUUGGAUCAUCAGUUGCAUCGUACUUUAUAUUCCUUCGGUGGAUGUAUGGUGUAAAUCUUGUCCUUUUGGGCUUUGUGCUUGGACUAAUUGUCAUUCCAGAGCUACUUAUGGGAGUACCAUAUGGACGUAUUCCAAGAAAAACCAUACCAACAGAUGAAAAAGCCAAUGCAAUGGACUAUAAUGUGCUUAGUGAGUUUGGGGGAAUGUUAAAAUAUUCACCUCUUUUUUAUGGAUAUUACAAUAAUCAGAGAACCAUUGGAUUUCUACAAUACAGGCUUCCACUGGCAUAUUUUCUUGCUGGUGCUGGUGUUUUUGGAUACAGUCUAAUAGUUAUCAUACGAGUAAUGGCAAAGAAUAUAAAUGAAACUACAGGUGACGGGGAUGACAAUUACAUAUUCAGCUGGAAAAUGUUUACAAGUUGGGAUUAUCUAAUAGGCAACCCAGAAACAGCAGAUAACAAAUUUGCUUCAAUAACAACUAUAUUCAAGGAAUCAAUUGUGGAUGAGCAGGAAAAUACAAAAGAAGAAAAUAUUCACCUAAGACGUUUCCUAAUAAUUGUGGCCAAUAUUUUGAUUACAAUGUGUCUGGGAGGAAGUGGCUAUCUGAUUUACUUUGUUAUGAAGAGAUCACAAGAAUUUAAGAAGCUGGAAACUACAACUUGGUAUCAGAACAAUGAGAUAGAAAUUGUAAUGUCUCUGCUGUCCAUGUUUUGUCCUCCUCUAUUUGAAACUAUUGCUGCUAUGGAAAAUUAUCACCCUCGACUGGCAUUAAAAUGGCAACUUGGGCGUAUAUUUGCUCUCUUUCUCGGAAAUCUAUAUACAUUCUUGCUGGCUUUGAUUGAUGAUGUGAAUACAAAGUUAGCAGAAGAAGAGGUUAUAAAGAACAAAACAGAAUGGAUGCUGCACAACUACUAUAACACAUCUGUUAAUGGGAGCAUACCAGCACCACUGAAUCCAGCUGAUGUACCUCGAGGUCCUUGCUGGGAAACAACUGUAGGCAUUGAAUUUGUAAAGCUGACUGUAUCUGACACUCAGGUUACUUACAUAACCAUCCUCUUGGGAGAUUUUGGUCGUGCUGUUAUUGUCAGAUUUCUGAACAACUGCUGGUGCUGGGACCUGGAAAGUGGCUUUCCAUCCUAUGCUGAAUUUGAUAUUAGUGGAAAUGUUCUUGGACUCAUUUUCAAUCAAGGCAUGAUCUGGAUGGGAUCUUUUUAUGCUCCUGGUUUAAUAUUGGUGAAUGUUCUUCGACUUUUAUCGUCAAUGUACUUUCAAUGCUGGGCAGUAAUGAGCAGUAAUGUCCCUCACGAACGCAUAUUUAAAGCAUCAAAAUCAAACAACUUUUACAUGGGGCUUUUACUGCUCGUUCUCUUCAUGAGUCUGCUUCCUGUUGCAUACACCAUUAUGUCUCUUUCUCCGUCUUUUGAUUGCGGGCCUUUCAGUGGAAAAAGCAGAAUGUAUGAUGUCAUUCAAGAAACUAUUGAAAAGGAUUUCCCACCAUUCAUUAGCAACCUAUUUGGAUAUGUAUCCAAUCCAGGAAUUAUUAUAGCAGCUGUGCUUCUAUUGAUACUGGCUGUAUAUUACCUUAAUGCUGUAUCAAAAGCAUACAAGAAUGCAAACAUUGAAUUAAAGAAGAAAAUGCAGAGGACACGUGAAGAUGAAAAGAACAGAAGAAACAACACAGCCACCACAAAUGAAAUAAUGAAUGAUUUGGAAGAGUUGCUCCCUCCCAGUGUAAGAUUUGGGAUAAAGAAGGAGGAUAAAAACCCAGAAGUGAAACCCCUCUCAACUAAUACAAUUAAUGUGGAGAUCAAAGCUUCAAUGAACAAAGGCUCCAACACGAAGUCUGCUAAGCAAACAUUACCUGCACCAUCAGGUCCACGUCUUACUGUAACUAAAUCACCAGGACAAACACAGCCACAUGUACCAGCUACUAACCAAAGACCACCAGCUAGACCUCAGCCUGGAAGAGGGAGAGCUCAAAAUCAUGACCGUUGA